AAUAUGGCGUCGAACCAGACGAACGCAGACACAUAAAGUUGAAUGAAAUUUCUCAUUACCCAACCCAAAUAGCUUCCUUUGCAUUGCACUUUGCUAUUGUUCUAUAGCAUUGAUGGUAAUGCAUGCAAGGAAACAGCCCAGACUAAAUGAUGGGUAUGCUGACAGAAAAGACGCCCAUCUGCAUAAGGACAUGCAGUACAAUAGCAGUUUAUUUGCCGAUGACAGCGAUGACGAUGGACCACUUAGCAGCCGUAUUAGUCCCCGCAAUCAGAACAAGUCCUCUUAUACUGAGAGAAAUAAAGAAAAAAGAGGCUCCCUUAGCCUUGCAGAGAAGAAAGUCAGCCACUAUCUUGCCACAGGCAGCUUGGGCCGGCCAAUCCCCAUGGAAACUAGCUUUGCCUUUAGUGGAGAACCCAGCAGUGGUGUUCCAGACACAAGUCGACCAACAGCAUCAGCAGGUCAAAGAGCAGGUGCUCAGAGUGACAGGGGGAUUAAAGAAUACAACAACUAUCAAGGUUCAAAGACAGAAUAUAAAGGUUCCACACCUUCAUCCUCCUCUCAGCACCAAGAACACAGAAUCAGUUCCAAGCAGUAUCCUGGUGGAGAAUUCAAUAGCCACACAGAGAAAGCAUUGUCCUCAGUGUCCAACAAUGGGAAACAAAGCAUAUCCUCUAGCAAGGAGCAUGGCAAGGACAAGGAGCAAGUUCAGAAGUCGGCCAUUAGAGUAUGUGGUGACUGGUCAGAACACAUCAGUAGCUCUGGAAAGCGCUACUACUAUAACUGCAAAACAGAGGUUUCACAGUGGGAGAAACCUAAUGAGUGGAUCAGUCAAAUGUGCAAGACACCAGACCAUAGAUCUAAAGAUGGACGGCCAAAAUUGCUUUCUCAAUCAAAUGCAAACAAAAUCAGUGCUGAAAAUCGAGCCUCUCGACAUUCCAGUUCUAGUGAGCACCAGCCACUUGAGCAAGCCCGUGCACAACGCAAUAACAGUGGAGACAAUGCUUCCGAGUCUCAGCAUGGCAGGGAAACCCCAUUGUCAAAUACACACCAGCACUUCAGAGACAAUAGAGAAUUUAGAGACAGUCAACAUUUGUCCAGAGAGAAUAGUCGAGAUAGCAGCGGUCGGGACAUUAGAGAAAUGCACAAAUCAAGUGCAGAGAGGACUCGUUCGGGAGACUCUACAACAAGCAAUUCAUACCAUCAACACAAUCAGUUGGUACCUCAAAAAUCGGGUUCCACGCCUGGUGGGAACAAUGGUAUACCAGAUUUGCAGCAUACAGACAGCAAACGUUCACAGCAUGAGAGUCAUUUCUCAUCCUCUCAUGGGGAUUACAAAAGGUCUUGUAAUGAAUUAUCACGAAGAAGACGUACGGAUAGCCAAGGUUCUCAAAGAUAUCAUGAUACAGGACAAGGCCCCAUAGAUGACAUGGAAAUCUCCCCUUCCCCCUCUCCAUCUCCAUCAUCAUCGUAUCGUUCAUCUGCUGCUGGCACGCCUCAGCUACCCCCUACAAGUACUCCCAUUGCUACAUCAUCAACACCAGCACACAAUCCAGUUAGCACACCAGGAAGUGCCCACAGGUCUUCGUCACCUCAAGGCAAUCCCAUACCCACAUUAGUUAACAGACAGACUGUAAAUGAAAGUGGAACCUAUGAUAAAACUAUUCAACAGACAUUACAAGAAUUACAAAAGGCCUUGAGUAUGCAUAUACAUAGAGCUCAGCAAAACACUACUAACACAAGGUCAGCUCUGGUGCAACAACAAAUACGACACACCACCUGUGUUCCUUUGUCUUCUCAACAAGUAGCCCCACAACUCAACUACCCUGCAGGCCAGGGCACCCCUUUGGCACCUGGGCCCCCUAUGGGGGUCCACUCCCAACUUCAGUCCUUCUCAGGGCUGCCAGCCCAUGUCCAAUCUUCAGGAGUGGCUGCAGGUCCACAAGGAGAAGAAAUGGGUAGAACCAGCCCAGUGUCAGCUACCAGCUCUCGGAGCUCUUGUGGUAGCCCAACACCCAGUGACUCAAGUUCACAAAAUGCAGCCAUCACCUCCCAGGCAUUGUCUGCAGCUGCCUUAAAGCGGGAAGAAACUGCCAAAUUAACUGCAUCACUUAGUAACUAUUAUAAUGAAAAACUAAUAGGACAUGUACUAGGUUGGCAAGCAGACUUAGUAGAGAAACAGGCGGCUAAAUUGUGGGAGGAGUCAAUGGUUAAUGGAAGCUUACAAAUAAGUCAUAUAUCUGUCCAGUUAAAGCGUGCACGCUCACAGGUCAGGAUAGCUGAAAUCCAAUCUACAUUACAUGAACAAAGAAUAAUGUCAUCAGACCAACAGAGGCAAGAAAUAGAGAAUCUGAAAACUCCCUCUUCUUUUUUACCAUCAUGACAGCAGGCCCCUUGAAUGGGUCGGGAACAAAAUUUGGGGUGGGGGGUUGGGAUCUUAUUUAAAUGCUGGGCACAGGACAUAAUUGAGUGUAUGAGUGGUGAUAGAAAGAUUUCUAUAUUUUUUUUAAAGCUUGUAUGAUGAAAUCAAGCAUUUUAAAUAUGUAUGUAACUUGUUGAUGUGAUAAUGUUGAGUUUAUAUUUGAAAUGUUUCUUCAAUUUUAUUUGCACAGUUGCUUUAUUGGUGGACAAUCUUUAAAGAUAUUUAACUUUUUCUUUUUUUAAAAAUUACUUUCUAGGAUAUUUAAAAAUAUUUUUCACCAUAUGAUCUUGGCUGAAUCAUGUAAACAGGACCAUAGCUUUGUGUGCAAGAGAAAAUUCUGAAGAAUGUGUUCAUUGUAUUCCUCUAUGAUCAUGUCUGAAGGUGUGAUGGUGCAAUACACAUUUCUUCAUUUCUUUAGGAUUCUUUAAAACUCUGGUUUCAGAAGUAAUUUUAAUAAUUUAGCUUGUGAUUUAGAGUUAACUUAAUAAUUCCGAAUUGUAUUUAGAUGCAUUCUUUCUAUUUGUAAAGAUUGCAGCAUUACUUUAAUAUAGAUAUGUUAGCCCCCAAAAAAGUAACAGAGGGAAAAUUCUUUGAAGAAGUUUGUCACUCAUUUUUCUUGAGCUCACAGCCUGUGCUUUAUGUGUUGUCUGUAAAAGACGCUUCUGAAAAAAAAAGUGAUUUUUAUCUUUCCCACUUCAUAAUAGUGAAUAAAAUAUCUUGAACCAGUUAUCCAUUCUUAUUUCUUUAUGGUGCUGUAAACUAAGAUUUAUUUUAUUUUGAGAGUAUUUUGUAAAGUAUCAUCUGGGACCAGUAUCCAUUAAGCAAUCAUCUAAAUAUAAAGUUCUGUUAGCUUUUUCCAUAAUGUGCGUAACCUUGGUAUCGCUUUUCAGCAUUAGUGUUAGGUAUUUGUUUAGCUUUAAAUUCUUAUCUAUUUUAGGAAAAAAUAACUUAGAAAUUCAUCUACUAACCCACAAUAAUAGUGAAGGUUGUUUUUGAAUAGGCCAUUCAAAACUUCAAGUUAAAAUUUAAAAUAAAUAGCUAUGAUGAGGUAAUAACAUUUUUUGCCUUUUUUAAAUUUCAGAAUCUUAUAUAUUUGAAAUUAUUGUUUACUCAUUUGUAGACAAAUUAUAGCAAUAAAAAUUGACUAAAUUUAAAAAAAUAGAAAAAUUAACAUUUUUUAAAAUCACUUGUACAUUGUUUUUAUUAUCAAAUAACAAAUACAUACAACUUUAAUUGUUUUAAGGAUUAGCAAACUCCACAUGAAGUCCCUGUGAACAGCCAUUUGUACAUGCCCUUGUAAUUAAAUGAAGUUGCCAUGGAUUGUGCGUUGAGUUAGCAAAAGUGUUUGUAUAUAGUUUAUAUGAUUUGCCUACAAGUAUAAGAAAUGUUUUUUUUUGGAAUUAGAUUAGAUUAACAAUUUUUAAAAAUUAUACUGUAGCCUACACACUAUACAACAAUUAAAUGUAGGUUAAAUACUUUGUCAUAAAUCAGAACAAUACUCAAAACUUUUAUGAUAUGACAGUGUUACUAUUUUCUAAACAUAAUGGUAGUUAUUUUUUUUUCAAUCAAACAUUUUUUUAUCUGAAGGAAGUUAAAUCAGAUCUGUUAGGACAUAGUACAGUGCUUUUGUCACUGUUCUAGUGUUGAACCAUGUUUAUACCUCAUUUCUCAUUCACUUAUUUAUUCUCAUUUUCACUUCAGUAUCUGUGGGCUUAUCUGUUGGGAGUCCACAUAUACAAGUGGAUUGUUUUUUGUUUGUUGCUUACAAUUUAAGCACUUUAACCCUGAAAUAAUUUGGAAAAAACAUUUCUGAAUUUAUUUAUUUGUAUAAGAUCAUUAAUUUUAUAUGGUACUAACUAAUAGUUUUAGAUAUUUUAAAUAGCGUAGCAGGUGUAAUUUAUGUUUAAAGAAACAUUGCCACAUUUAGACUGAUCAAGUUGAACAAUACGCAUUAGCUACACUUUGCAGUAUUGGAAUUGAUCAAAACAGUUGCUUAAAGGAUCUCCUACUCAGUUUGUUUUCCAUAAUACAAGCAGCUAAUGAGGAAAUUAAAACAUUAGUUUUUACAUCAAGUGAAAUGGCUGUUAUUUGUUUGCUAGUAUUUUAAUCUAUUACUUUAUGAACUCUGCAUGCUUGUAAUGUUUGUGUAUAUUUUUUAUAUUAGCUCUGUAAAUAUCACAUGGCCCUAUUGUUAGUUUAUGUUUAUUAUAUUUCUUGAGAUGACUUUAAAUUCUACUUUUUUGGGGGAUUGCAUUCACUAAACCUACUGUAACCAUCAGCUGAAUACACACAGUAAUGAUAUCACUGAAACAAGCCAUGAUCCAAAUGUAUACAGUGCAUACACAGUUCUUAUCCCAUGUAUUUAAUAUUGUUACUAUUAUAAAUAUUCAUUUACAACUUUGUUUUUAGUCAAAUUUGCUUGGCACUGUGGCCACAGAAAUAAGAUUGUGAAUAAAAUUACUUUGAACUUUUA